AUGAACAAUUCUCAAAGUCCCACGCUCUGUAGGUGUGGCAUUGCAGCGGCCUUCCGUCAAGUACGGAAAACAGGACCUAAUGAGGGGAGAUUUUUCUGGAAUUGUUCCAGAGUAAAUGCAACGAGAUGUGAUUUUUUCAAGUGGGCUGUGGAAGAUAGUGCCCUUUCAACUAGUGAUGAUUAUAAGAGUGAUGAUGAGAAUGAGGAACGCAGAUCAUUAUUGGGUAAGAGAAGAAAAGAAGAAGCAUUUUGGAUGAAUAAGGAAGAGGAAAUACGAUCUAAACGACAAAGAAAAGGAUAUGAUAGUCAACCCGACAAGAUUAUCACUACACCAGGAUCCAAUGCUGCCUCGACUCACGAAUCAGAUACCAUCCAUGCCACUAAAUACAUGUUGACUCCUUCGACACCGACGUCUUUUGUUAUUUCUUCUCCGAUUUCACCAACACCAAUUUCAAUCCCACUUUACGCUCAAUCAGUUCAGGAGUCUUUUGUUGACAAAGCAGGUGAAGAAAUAAUUUCGAUGCUUCGAAAUUAUCUGGCCAAACAAGAACGUGUAGCGAAUGGGUAUAAACUGGCCAGAGAUGAAUCAAGAGAAAAGCUUAAAAAUGUAAAACGGGAAAUGGAUUUAUUGAUGAAUCAAGUGAAAUCACUAGAAAAAGAGUGUGAAUUAUGUAGGCGCGAGUCGGAGGUUUUGAAGGCCGAAAAUGUCUUACUUCAGAAACAAUUGGUUGACGUAAAGAAAGUAUAA